AUGGAGGCGGCCGGCGGCGGCUGCGACUGCAGCUGUGGGGGGGACGUUGCGCAGCCCUGUGCUAGUGGUGGCGGCCAGCGCGCAGACCUGUACGUGGACAUCGCCAAGACCUCCCGGCAAGGUCCCAGGGGGCCGAUCCUUGGAGACGACAGCCCAGUCGUUUCGCUAGUGUCCAAGGCGUCCGCGGACUCUAGGCGCUCGGCGGCCUUGGGACCACGAAAGUGGCUGAGACCCGAAGCUACCGCUACAAGGACUGACCGCCGCAUUCAUUACAGCGGCGACAACGGUAGCGGCAGUGUCGGGAAUGACAGUCCUGGUGGCGGGCAUGCCUUCAUGGAGGACCACAUUAUCGUCUAA